CUUGCUGCGCCCGGGCAGCGGCCAGACCCGGCGAGCAUGGGCGGCGCGGAGUGACGCCGCCGUGCCCGCUUGGCAUCAAGGACACUGAGCCCGCGGGGGUGGGGACGAAGGGGGGCAGCCCGCGUCGCCACCGCAGCCCCCCGAGAGCCGCCGCCGCUGCUCGGGCUCCGGGGCUGGGUGGAGGAAAGCGGGGCUUGGAACCGGUUCCCAUUUUCCGACCUUUUUGUUGGACAUUCCGCCCACCUUGGACGCUGCAAGAGGAGCUGUCAAGCCCCGCAGGCUCUGCUUUCGCCCUCCGUUCUCCUUGCUCCCUCCCGGGUUCCCUGUGCCUCGGUGGAGUGUUUGCGUUCGGGGCUGGGGCUGGAGCUGGAGGAGGCAGCCACACGCGCGCACACGCACACGUUCAGAAGAGGACGAGAGGCAGCGGCACCCGCACCAUCUGCAGUGUCAAUGCGGCGCUCCCGCUGAACGAGGCAAAAGCGGCGCUUGCAGGGAGCCUCCACCCCUGAGUCCUGGCCCUCCCAGGAGGACGCUCUGCCCGUGCUGCUGUGCCGUGAGGACCCGUGUCUGCAAUGAAAGCCAUGCCUUGGAACUGGACUUGCCUGCUGUCCCAUCUCCUCAUGGUAGGGAUGGGCUCCUCCACUCUGCUCCCCCGGCAGCCACCCCCGCCAUCCCAGAAGCGAUCUUUCAUCACAUUUCGAGGGGAGCCAGCUGAGGGCUUCAACCACCUGGUGGUGGAUGAGAGGACAGGGCACAUUUACUUGGGGGCCGUCAACCGGAUCUACAAGCUGUCCAGUGACCUGAAGGUCUUGGUGACCCACCAGACAGGGCCGGACGAGGACAACCCCAAAUGUUACCCACCCCGCAUCGUCCAGACGUGCCAUGAGCCCCUGACCACCACCAACAAUGUCAACAAGAUGCUCCUGAUAGACUACAAGGAGAACAGGCUGAUUGCGUGUGGGAGUCUCUAUCAAGGCAUCUGCAAGCUCCUGAGGCUGGAGGACCUCUUCAAGCUGGGGGAGCCGUUUCACAAGAAGGAGCACUACCUGUCGGGAGUCAACGAGAGCGGCUCUGUCUUUGGAGUGAUCGUCUCCUACAGCAACCUGGACGACAAGCUCUUCAUUGCCACGGCGGUGGAUGGGAAACCAGAGUACUUCCCCACCAUCUCCAGCAGGAAGUUGACCAAGAACUCAGAAGCGGAUGGCAUGUUCGCGUACGUCUUCCACGACGAGUUUGUGGCCUCGAUGAUUAAGAUCCCUUCGGAUACCUUCACCGUCAUCCCCGACUUCGAUAUUUACUAUGUCUAUGGCUUCAGCAGUGGCAAUUUUGUCUACUUUUUGACCCUGCAGCCCGAGAUGGUGUCUCCCCCAGGCUCCACCACAAAGGAGCAGGUUUAUACAUCUAAGCUCGUGAGGCUUUGCAAGGAGGACACCGCCUUCAACUCCUACGUGGAGGUGCCCAUUGGCUGUGAGCGCAGUGGGGUGGAGUACCGCCUGCUGCAGGCCGCAUACCUGUCCAAAGCGGGGGCCGUGCUCGCCCGGACCCUCGGAGUCCGCCCAGAGGACGACCUCCUCUUCACUGUCUUCUCCAAAGGGCAGAAGCGGAAAAUGAAAUCCUUGGAUGAGUCGGCUCUGUGCAUCUUCAUCUUGAAGCAGAUCAACGACCGCAUUAAGGAAAGGCUGCAAUCUUGCUACCGGGGCGAGGGCACGCUGGACCUGGCCUGGCUCAAGGUGAAGGACAUCCCCUGCAGCAGUGCGCUCUUAACCAUUGAUGAUAACUUCUGUGGCCUGGAUAUGAAUGCCCCCUUGGGUGUGUCUGAAAUGGUACGUGGCAUCCCCGUCUUCACAGAGGACAGGGACCGCAUGACUUCUGUCAUCGCAUAUGUCUACAAGAAUCACUCUCUGGCCUUCGUGGGCACCAAAAGUGGCAAGCUGAAGAAGAUCCGGGUGGACGGGCCCAAGGACAAUGCUCUCCAGUAUGAGACGGUGCAGGUGGUAGACCCCGGCCCUGUCCUCCGGGACAUGGCCUUCUCCAAGGACCACGAGCAGCUCUACAUCAUGUCAGAAAGGCAGCUCACCAGAGUCCCCGUGGAGUCGUGCGGUCAGUACCGGAGCUGCGGCGAGUGCCUGGGCUCGGGCGAUCCCCACUGCGGCUGGUGUGUCCUCCACAACGCGUGCACCCGGAAGGAGAGGUGUGAGCGGUCGAGAGAGCCCCGCAGGUUUGCCUCCGAGAUGAAGCAGUGCGUCCGGCUGACCGUCCAUCCCAGCAACAUCUCCGUUUCUCAGUACAACGUCCUGCUGGUCCUGGAGACAUACAAUGUCCCAGAGCUGUCAGCUGGCGUCAACUGCACCUUUGAGGACCUGUCAGAGAUGGAUGGGCUGGUGGUAGGCAAUCAGAUCCAGUGCUACUCCCCAGCGGCCAAGGAGGUGCCCCGGAUAAUCACAGAGAAUGGGGACCACCAUGUCGUCCAGCUGCAGCUCAAGUCGAAGGAAACGGGCAUGACCUUUGCCAGCACCAGCUUUGUCUUCUACAACUGCAGCGUUCACAAUUCGUGCCUGUCCUGCGUGGAGAGCCCAUUCCGCUGCCACUGGUGUAAAUACCGGCAUGUCUGCACCCAUGACCCCAAGACUUGCUCCUUCCAGGAAGGCCGAGUGAAGCUGCCUGAGGACUGCCCCCAGCUGCUGCGAGUGGACAAGAUCCUGGUGCCCGUGGAAGUGAUCAAGCCCAUCACUCUGAAGGCCAAGAACCUGCCCCAGCCGCAGUCGGGCCAGCGCGGGUACGAGUGCGUUCUCAGCAUCCAGGGCAGCGAGCAGAGAGUGCCCGCCCUGCGCUUCAACAGCUCCAGCGUGCAGUGCCAGAACACCUCUUAUUCCUACGAGGGGAUGGAGAUCAACAACCUCCCCGUGGAGCUGACAGUCGUGUGGAACGGGCACUUCAGCAUCGACAACCCGGCUCAGAAUAAAGUGCAUCUCUACAAGUGUGGAGCCAUGCGUGAGAGCUGCGGCCUGUGCCUCAAGGCGGAUCCAGACUUCGAGUGCGGGUGGUGCCAGGGCCAAGGCCAGUGCACGCUGCGGCAGCACUGCCCCGUCCACGAGAGCCAGUGGCUGGAGCUGGCGGGCGCAAACAGCAAGUGCACGAACCCCCGCAUCACAGAGAUAAUCCCAGUGACAGGCCCCCGGGAAGGGGGCACCAAGGUCACCAUCCGAGGAGAGAACCUCGGCCUGGAGUUCCGGGAUAUCGCCUCCCAUGUCAAAGUGGCCGGCGUGGAGUGCAGCCCUCUGGUGGAUGGCUACAUCCCUGCAGAACAGAUUGUGUGUGAGAUGGGGGAGGCCAAGCCCAGCCAGCACGCCGGCUUCGUGGAAAUCUGUGUGGCCGUGUGUCGGCCCGAGUUCAUGGCCCGGUCCUCGCAGCUCUAUUACUUCAUGACGCUGACUCUCUCGGACCUGAAGCCCAGCCGGGGACCCAUGUCCGGAGGCACCCAGGUGACCAUUACGGGCACCAACCUGAACGCGGGCAGCAAUGUGGUGGUGAUGUUCGGGAAGCAGCCCUGCCUCUUCCACAGGCGCUCUCCCUCCUACAUCGUCUGCAACACCACAUCCUCAGAUGACGUGCUGGAGAUGAAGGUGACGGUACAGGUGGACAGGGCCAAGAUCCACCAGGACCUGUUCUUCCAGUACGUGGAGGACCCCACCAUCGUGCGGAUCGAGCCAGAGUGGAGCAUCGUCAGUGGGAACACACCCAUCGCCGUGUGGGGGACUCACCUGGACCUCAUACAGAACCCCCAGAUCCGUGCCAAGCACGGAGGGAAGGAGCACAUCAAUCUCUGCGAGGUUCUGAACGCUACUGAGAUGACCUGCCAGGCUCCGGCCCUCGCUCUGGGGCCUGACCACCAGUCUGACCUGACAGAGAGACCCGAGGAAUUCGGCUUCAUCCUAGACAAUGUCCAGUCCCUGCUCAUCCUCAACAAGACUAACUUCACCUACUAUCCCAACCCUGUGUUUGAGGCCUUUGGGCCCUCAGGAAUCCUGGAGCUCAAGCCCGGCACACCCAUCAUCCUGAAGGGCAAGAACCUGAUCCCGCCCGUGGCUGGGGGCAAUGUGAAGCUGAACUACACGGUGCUGGUCGGGGAGAAGCCGUGCACCGUGACGGUGUCGGAUGUGCAGCUGCUCUGCGAGUCCCCCAACCUCAUCGGGAGGCACAAAGUGAUGGCCCGUGUCGGUGGCAUGGAGUACUCGCCGGGGAUGGUGUACAUCGCCCCGGAUAGCCCACUCAGCCUGCCCGCCAUCGUCAGCAUUGCGGUGGCAGGCGGCCUCCUCAUCAUCUUCAUCGUGGCCGUGCUCAUCGCCUACAAACGCAAGUCCCGCGAAAGCGACCUCACCCUGAAGCGGCUGCAGAUGCAAAUGGACAACCUGGAGUCCCGCGUAGCCCUGGAGUGCAAGGAAGCCUUUGCCGAGCUGCAGACGGACAUCCACGAGUUGACCAGUGACCUGGACGGAGCCGGGAUUCCCUUCCUGGACUAUAGAACCUACACCAUGCGGGUCCUGUUCCCGGGAAUUGAAGACCAUCCUGUCCUCCGGGACCUCGAGGUUCCAGGCUACCGACAGGAGCGCGUGGAGAAAGGCCUGAAGCUCUUUGCGCAGCUCAUCAACAACAAGGUGUUCCUGCUGUCCUUCAUCCGCACGCUCGAGUCUCAGCGCAGCUUCUCCAUGCGUGACCGUGGCAACGUGGCCUCGCUCAUCAUGACAGUGCUGCAGAGCAAGCUGGAGUACGCUACCGACGUGCUGAAGCAGCUGCUGGCCGACCUCAUCGACAAGAACCUGGAGAGCAAGAACCACCCCAAGCUGCUGCUCAGGAGAACUGAGUCGGUGGCCGAGAAGAUGUUGACCAAUUGGUUUACCUUCCUGCUCUACAAGUUCCUCAAGGAGUGCGCCGGGGAGCCCCUGUUCUCGCUGUUCUGCGCCAUCAAACAGCAGAUGGAGAAGGGGCCCAUCGACGCCAUCACGGGCGAGGCCCGCUACUCCCUGAGUGAGGACAAGCUCAUUCGCCAGCAGAUCGACUACAAAACCCUGGUCCUGAGCUGUGUCAACCCAGACAAUACCAACAGCCCCGAGGUGCCCGUGAAGAUUCUCAACUGCGACACCAUUACUCAGGUCAAGGAGAAGAUUCUGGACGCCAUUUUCAAGAACGUGCCCUGCUCCCACCGGCCCAAAGCUGCAGACAUGGACCUGGAGUGGCGACAAGGAAGCGGGGCGAGGAUGAUCCUACAGGACGAAGACAUCACCACCAAGAUUGAGAAUGACUGGAAGAGACUGAACACCCUGGCCCAUUACCAGGUGCCAGAUGGUUCUGUGGUGGCUUUAGUGUCCAAGCAGGUGACAGCCUAUAAUGCAGUGAACAACUCCACAGUCUCGAGGACCUCUGCCAGUAAAUAUGAAAACAUGAUCAGAUACACGGGCAGUCCCGACAGCCUCCGCUCACGCACGCCCAUGAUCACCCCCGACCUGGAGAGCGGAGUCAAGAUGUGGCACCUGGUGAAGAACCACGAGCACGGAGACCAGAAGGAGGGCGACCGGGGGAGCAAGAUGGUGUCUGAAAUCUACUUGACACGACUGCUGGCCACUAAGGGCACGCUGCAGAAGUUCGUGGACGACCUCUUUGAGACCAUCUUCAGCACGGCACACCGUGGCUCUGCCCUGCCCCUGGCCAUCAAGUACAUGUUCGACUUCCUGGACGAGCAGGCUGACAAGCACGGCAUUCACGACCCGCACGUCCGCCACACCUGGAAGAGCAACUGCCUGCCGCUGCGUUUUUGGGUCAACAUGAUCAAGAACCCGCAGUUCGUGUUUGACAUCCACAAAAGCAGCAUCACGGAUGCCUGCCUCUCGGUGGUGGCCCAGACCUUCAUGGACUCCUGCUCCACGUCGGAGCAUCGGCUGGGCAAAGACUCCCCCUCCAACAAGCUGCUCUACGCCAAGGACAUUCCCAGCUACAAGAACUGGGUGGAGAGGUAUUACUCAGACAUUGGGAAGAUGCCGGCCAUCAGCGACCAGGACAUGAACGCGUACCUGGCCGAGCAGUCCCGGAUGCACAUGAACGAGUUCAACACCAUGAGCGCGCUCUCGGAGACCUUCUCCUACGUGGGCAAGUACAGCGAGGAGAUUCUCGGACCUCUGGACCACGACGACCAGUGUGGGAAGCAGAAAUUGGCCUACAAACUAGAACAAGUCAUAACCCUCAUGAGCUUAGACAGCUGAGAACCAUCCUUCCAGGCCCGCCCCCCGGAGGGAGGGACACACCAAGCCGUGCCUCAGUCUAGAUUAUCAUCUUUACCAAGUGCAAGUUCCGACUGGCGUAAGCAGCAUCCCCUGAGCAGCGCUGCCCCCACCCCGUCUCUCUCUCUCUCUCUCUCUCUCUCUCUCUCUCCACCCCCUCUUGCUGUCUCUCCUUCCUUCCUCGAUCCCUUCUCUUUCAGUUGCUCUGUCAACACCAUUGAACCAAGCCACCAACCCUCAGCUAGUCUAGGAUGGCCGGGCCCCCAGCAAGGGACCUGACCAGAAGGUUCCAGAGGGGGCUCUCUUCCCACGUUGACCCCGCCUAUCAGCAACAGGACAAAUACGGAUGAGGAGCCAUGGACAGAGGAUGUUUGUUUCUAUGCUGCUACUUCACUUCACACAUCAUGAGAGCCCCCACGUUGGUCCAAACCUUGGCCUGGAGAAGAGGCGAGGAGCUCAGUAUUAUUAUCUUUGCUGGGAAGGCAUCACCUGGCUCUCCCUUCUUCCCUCAUUUCCAUCUCCAAGGGGUCGGUGGGUGGUACGGUCGCUUUGCAGCUAUGAGAAGAAAGGCCACGCCUCCUGCAUACGGCUGGACUCGGGGGCAGGGGUGAGGAGUUGGGCGGUGCUCGGCGAGCUGCCUCUCACUUGCUGGCUUGGCAUCCUGAGGCCUCCUUGUCCCCUUCCAAUCUUCCUGGAGCUCUUCCAAGUGCCCACAAGGACAUGCCUGCCCAGUCUCGUGCCCUGCCUGUGGAAAGCCAGACAGGAGAAAGAAUAGCAGUUACUUCCACCAUGGAGACAGUCUUAACCUUCUAAUCUGGCUCUUGGCGGUGAAAAUAUAAGAUGGAGAGAGAGAAGAGGAGCAUCUGUCUAUCCUGAAAGUAGAAUGUGUUGUUUUCCAUUAGCCCCCAAGUGCACGUGAAUCACGACCACAGUCAGAGGUGUAACCCCCUGCCAGACCCUCGUGUGCUGUCUAGAGAAAACACCGCCAUCCUCCUUGGUCAUCUCUCAUCAAGGCUCAGCAUCGAAUGCAGAGCGCAUCCAGGCAUCCAGGGGAUUCUACCUCUAGCCAUCUCCACGGCUCCAUCCCCACCGUCCUUCCUGAGAACUCUGUUCAAGGCUGGGGCACACAGCCUGGCCUCUCCUCCCCUCGCAGAAUCUGGUGCCAUUGCUAUGCAGAUGACUUUGUCGCUGAACUGCCCAGACCUCCUAGGGAGUUAUUUCAUCGACAUCUCAGCUUUCUUUUUCUGUCAUUCUCCUCCCUCAUCUCUUCAGCGGUCAUCACUGAAAGAAAUGCACUCAAGUACAGCCCCACAGAGACAAGCCGAAAUGCCAGCCAGACUCAGCCCCCAGCGUGUCAUGUCCGGGAGGGCUGAGGGGUCAAGCUGAAGGACAUGGCCAGAGAUGGGAGGUGAGACAAACAACGGAUCUCCCCUGGCAUAUGUCUCUCCAUCUGUCCUUCCAUCUACGGACACAUUCUAGCCAUCCACGUAGAGGUGUGUACAGACAUGGGUCCUAGGUGAGCGGGGGCUGUAGUGAGAGACGGUCUAAUGAGGGUCAUGGAGACCUGGAAUCCUGAAGGGAUUAGAUGCCGUCUGGUCCAGUCUCCCACCAUAAGCAAAAAUAUCUUCUGGCAGCCCUGGGGUCAAGUUCUACAUGGCUCUGGGAGACAAGAAGCAUCCGUUAAAGUGGGAUUGGGAUGAGUUUUGCCUUCACACCCCCAGCACCAGACAUCAUUCCCUGCAGCCACUCGAAGGAGCCCCACUUGGAGAGGGGACGGAACCACACCAUUUCCAGCAGAGUCUGUGGAGCAUCCUGUGCUUUUAGGAACGCUUGCCCCGUUGGAUAUGACUGUGUGUGUGGGUGUGGGUGUGUGGGUGUGUGUUCGCCCCAGGAGUAGGCGGAGAGCUUAGAAAGAUUCCUUUUUCUAUGUGGGGGGGUUCUGAGUGUUUCCCUUCUCUGCCCCUGCUCAUCAGUUCAUUCUGCAGCUCCGGAACAUUUCAACACCUGCUUUCUACACUGAGUGCUGGUGGGUGGAAGGAGAGCUCACCUGUAGGAAAUCAGGGUGGUCACUGGCCAAGUCACUGGACUUGACCGGAGGCCAGGCAGUGAUGGCCCAGAGCAGGGCAUCACGUGGUAUCGAGGAGGACAUAUGGUGGACAAGAUGCAAGUCACCUAACCAACAGAGAGUGGUUUCUCCCUAAUCGAUGGGAGAACAUGCAUAUGGAGGGGGAAAGGAUAACCAAAGUUUGGGCAAAGGAAGUGCCAGGUGAAGAAGCAUGGAAUUUCUACCCCUGAUCGCUUGAUUUUCCUCCCCAGAAUCGAGGGGCCCUGGCAGACGAGGAAGGAAGCAUGUGGGAAAUGGGCGAAGGCGGCAGCGCAGACACAGACAGCUUUGCACAUGUGAAAGGUUGCAGAGGAGAGAGACACAAGCAUAUUUAACACAGACUUAACCGGAUGAGCGCUGUGUGCGUGUGAGCGUGUGCAUGACUGAGUGUGUUCUGAUUUAUUUUUUAAGUUUUGCACAGAUAGAGAAAAAAUGUGAACCAGCAGAGAAAAAAAAACUCAUGGUUCCGCUGAAGCUCUUAUUUUUACUGGAUUAUUAUUACUGUCACUGUUCCUUUGCCGGUGCGGGACUUUUUCCUCCAUGUUUUUGCUGUGAGAGAAACUCUGAACACCUCAGAGAAACGUAAAUGUCAGGAAGAGAGGGGAGAGAAGGACGGACAGAUUUCCUUGCUCUCCUCAUUUCUCCCGAGGGAGGAGUCUGAGCAGAUUUUACUUUAAUUGGUGGGCUGGGUUGUUGCUGGUGCUUUGUUUGCUUGAAGUCUCUGUGGCCUACUUGGGGCCGGAGAAAUAAGACAGUCAGUCACGCAGAGCCACAACCCAUCUUGCCCGUAAAAAUUCUUUCCCUUUGCCGUUUGUUUAUUUUCCAUUCCUUUCAUUUGGAUUCUUGAUGCACAUGUGAUAUGUUUCAAAGUAAAGACAGGGCAGCGCUGUCAAGAGCUGUCCUUUUCCCCAA